AGAAUCACUGCAACUGAGUCUGGGCUCUCAGUCGAGACGUUUGAAAGACAGCCGCUCACGCGUUAUACUCAUGAGAGAAGUCGGUUGACGGAUUAGCUUGUUCGCUAAUUUAUUUUUUUUAUCACAACGUGUUUCAUUCAAGAUCCUUUUCACGCUGAGGUCUUACGGAGGUUUCUGACAUGAACACCGGGCCAGCUGUCGGGAAAUUCUGCAUGUUCUGGUCAGAUGUUCCUAAUCAACGUGCAGAUUGCGAACAGAAGGCGACUCAUGAAGAAUCUUCUCGCUCUUUUGAUGUGAUGCCACUGAAAGAGCUGAUGCUGCUGGCGACGCUGCUGCUCCUCCUCGCGAGCUCGCCGUGCCGAGCGGCCGAGCAGCCCCCCGCCGCCCAGUGGUCCGCCGCUUCGGAGAACGGCACCCUCCUGCGCCGCCAUAGGACCUGCUUGGAGAACCAGCAGUACCACUACCAAGGCCUCUGCUGCCUCAACUGCCAGGCUGGGACGUUUGUGCAGAAGGAGUGCGAGCGUGAUUACCAGCAGGGGGUGUGCGCUCCCUGCGAGGAAGGACACACUUACACGGAACAUUCCAACGGCAUGCACAGAUGCCUGCCCUGCACGCACUGUCGACAAGACGAGAAACAGACGGCGCCCUGCACCACCACAUCGGACACCAAAUGUCAGUGCCGAGCCGAAACCUUCUGCGUGCCGGAUCAGGCCUGCGAGGUCUGCAAACGUUGCGCCAAGUGCAAGCCGGGUGAGGAAGAGGUGAAGAAGUGCACGCAUUCUUCCAACACCGUGUGCCGAAAGCGAGACCCGGCUCCCACCAAAACACCGUCAGGCCAAACCCCGCCCACCCCUGCCUCGCCGGCAAAUAUAUGGAUUCCCGUGCUGAGCUGCCUCUUCUUCGUCAUUGUGGCCGCCGCGCUGGCCGUGUGGUUGGCCGCCAAGCGCUGCUCCUUCGAGGGAACAUGCGCCAAGAGCCGCUGUGACACCAGUGAAAUCAUCAAGAUUCCCAUCGAUGAGAGCUCCCCCACGGCGGAGGAAUGCCAGAACACUCAUAACGACGUCCUGGAGGGCGACCAUUCCCGUCCGGAGUCGCGUCCGCUGCUGCAGGAGACGCAGGCUGGCAUGACCAACAACAAGGCGUCGCCGUCCCCGGAGGACGAGGACCGCGGGCUGGGCGACAGCUUGUCCAACACCACCAACUCAUCGCAGACAAGCCUGUCGGCGCUUCCCACCGCCGCUUCGUCCGGGAACAGCCCCCAGCAGAGUCCCGCCCCCUGCAGGAUAAGCGCCUCCGCGAUGGAGGAUCCUCUGCAGCACCGCCUGGUGCCGUUGCAAGAGUCUGAGAAGUCACUGAAGAAGAGCUUUGACUUGUUCGACAAGUACCUGGACGUGACGAUCCACAACAAGUUCUUCCGCAUGAUCGGCGUGAGCGACAACCAAAUCCGCCAAGCGGAGAGUGGCGUGGCCGGCGACAAAGUCUACGAGCUGCUCAAGAGCUGGAUGCAGCGACAGGGCCUGAAGGCUGACAUCAACGACCUGCUGCGGGCCCUGCUGGACCUAGACCAGCGACGCUCUGCCGAGAGCAUCGCCUCCGAGGCGCUUAGGCGAGGCUACUACAAGCACGAUCACGCUCCCUGAGGGACGUCCUCGCAGCUCCUUGUUGGACUUACCUCGUAUCGAGAGCCAGUAGUUUUUUCUUCCGAAGAUGCAUGAGCAACCUUUCCCCCCCCCCCCCCACAAAAGGAGUAAAUUGAGUUGCUCGGAUGGAUGAAAAACAACAAAAGAAGACAUAAUAUGAAGAAAGUACUCAGCGCCACCUGGUGGCAAGCACAUACACUGGUCUGGCGCUUACCCCGCCUUCUCCGCCACUGGCUCAAUGUCGUCACGCUAGCUGUAUGAUUUUUUUUUUUUGUCAUUGUCAUCUUUGAUGCACUUCUUCCCACUAGCAAAAUGUUGCUAGUAGUUGCGUUGACGUUUUGUGUGUGUGUGUGCGUUAACAAAAUGAUGCCCGCUGAUCAACCUUUUCUGUGUAGGAAUUUUCUCUUGUAUAGUCUCCGAAGAUUAAGUAUAAGUAUUCCCAAAAAUACAAGAUAUGAUGAUUCUCCUAAAAUUACAACUUUUUCCCUUGAAAAAUUGCUAAAAAAAAAAAAAAUCAAAAGAAUACAUUUUAAUUCUUGUAUGAUUACAGUUUUCCUCUUAAAAAAAGACUUUAUUCUCACAAAAUUGACCCCUUUUUCUCCCCAUUUUUUUUUUUUUUUUUUUUUAAACAUUUUGUGUAGAAAAAUCACUUGAUUCUAUUUUGAUUACUUUGUUAAAAUAAGCAACUAUUUUUGUUGUUGUCUACUGACACUACUUAUUUAGAUGAAUGGUUUUUCUUUUGUCAAAAAACCAUUUCGGAGGUGGUCAUUCCGUUAAAACAUACUAUGCUAAAAUGAAGUCAUGCAACACAAAUUUGUUUCUGACAAAAAGCUAAACCGUCACAAACUGUGUCUGCCACGAGAACUUUGGUCCCUGCCUUCCUCUUUAUUUAUUGUCAUAUUUAUUUUUAGCGCUACUUAUUUAAACCCUCGCAGCAUUGUCACACUUUCUUCAAACAUUAUUGUUCAUUUCAGAGGUGAGCAGACAGCAAAUGUCUUUAUUGAACUUAUAAAUAUGGAUUAUUGAGGCUGGCGUAUCCAUACUGUCAUGCAUGAAAAAGAACACCAAGCAAUAUGCCCCGCCCCACCCCUCGUACUUUUUUAUCAAUGGGCUUAUUGAAAGAAACUGCCUCGCUGCUUGUUGUUGGACUGGAUUCACAGUUUAAGCAAAAAUGACGGCGGCAACUUGGCGACCGGUACGGACGGAACCUUUUUGUCCAGCUUAGUUUUAAUGAAGGAAAGUGUGCUUUUUUUUUUUUUUUUUUAAUUAUUUUUUUUUAAACACCUCAACUUUACACUCUUAUUGCCCAACUCUUUUCUGUGUUUUCAGUGAGCCUCAUUGUGUGUGUGGGGGGUUCUACAAGUGUGUGUGUGUGUGUGUGUGUGUGUGUGUCUAUGCCAUUGUUUGUGUCCUACUGUAUUGUGAUGCUCAGUGCUGGCGCUGCCAUCCGGUGGUUGACAAGAGACAAUUCAUCUUACAUAAAUUUCAAAGCUUUCAUAUCGUGACAUUACGUGGACUGUUUGUCAUAUUUGUAUAUAGAUUGUAGGAGAAAUUAAAUGACGUCCAAGUCCUAUUGAUGGAAGAAAUGAAGUUGAGAUGUAAGUUAUGAGAUGUAUGUUUUUAUGUACAUUUGGAAUAAAUAUUUCGUACAGACA